GCUCCUAUCCUGUUAGAAAUUAGAGAACUUUCUGCUAGUUUUUAUUUUUUUAUAAUUUGUCACAAUAUAAGAUCGGUCAAUGGUUCUGCUUAUAUUUGCACAAUUGACAUGACAGAAAGCUGGAUCGAUAGCACUCCUAACUUCCUAAUCAGUAGCAUGUUGACGGACUGUUCACCGAAUGCUUUUAUUUAAUAAAGCUCUCAGUAAUUUCCCUGCAAAAAGAAGAAAAUCGAUAGCCAACCGAACCGUUUGAACAUUCUCCCCGUGUUGAAAUCAAAAAUCAAGAGCGCGCUGCUCUAUCAAAGGUAAUCAGCGGAAAUCCAACCGCCCCGUCGCCUUCCCAUCCCACGUCCGUCCGUGGCACGCGCGCCCACCUCCCCCACUAAGCAGCGAGCGGAAUUCAAAGCGUGGUCAAACCCGCGCGCACUCCAUCUCAUCAAAGGGAAGUUACCGGGCCUCCCUUCCCUUCCCUUGGCCUUCCCCCCUAUAAAGCCACCCUCCUGCAGCGCGCGCCUGCGCUUCACAUACCCAGCCGCGCACCCCAUUGCAUUCCAGGCCGGAGCGACGAGAGAGCAGCAGCAGCCCAAGGCCGCGGGCGUGCCUUCCGCCUUCCUACUCGUCCUGCCGCACCGCCGGGCCAUGGCGGCGCUGAUGAUCGGUUCCUCCUCCAAGCCUGUGCACCUCCUCCCCGCGCUGGCCUUCGUCCUCGCGUUCGUUGCCAUCCCUGUGCUCGCGACGCCGGCGCAGGGUCUCGUGUUCCACGUCGGCGGCCCGCGCGGGUGGCGCGUCCCGGACGCCAACACCAGCUAUGGCUGGUGGGCCAUGAACAACCGCUUCCACGUCGGCGACCAGCUCUACUUCAAGUACGAGAACGACUCGGUGCUCCUCGUCACCCGUGAGGAGUUCGACGCCUGCAACGCAACGGAGCCCCUGUCCAGGUUCGCCGACGGCAGCACCACGGUGCGUCUCGAUAGGCCGGGCUUCUUCUGCUUCAUCAGCGGUGAGCCAGGACACUGCGAGGAGGGCCAGAGGCUCAUCGUGCGCGUCAUGGUGCACCCGGCGGAGCCUGCGCCCUCGCCUGGUCCGACCGCCUACGCGCCGGGGCAAGGCGGAGACGGCUCUGCCUCUGGCUCUUCACCCGGCGGGUCGUCUGGUGUCGCUGCGGUUGCUGCCGGCGGCGUCGCUCUAGCCGCAGCAAUGGCCGCUCUUUGUGUCGGUCUCGUCUUGCUGCUUGAGUGAUCAGUUUGCUCUUCUAGUCGAUAGUCAGGUUUUAUUAGUGAGGUUUAAUUAAUCAAUUCCUUCUCUAUUAGAGUUAAUCCAGUGGCACUAGUGAUUCGUGCUAUGCUACUAUUAUCAUAGGUAAAUUUGUUAUCGUGUGUAAUGACAAUUAUUGUUUUGCUUUCUUUGAUCCCUAUGACUGUAUUUGGAUUAUAUCUACUUUCCUUGAAUUUUAUG